AUGAAAAUCAAAGAUCAUUCAAGCCUUGAUUUACUUGAAGAUAAUGAAAACACUGCUGCAGGAAAAUGUACAAAAGCAGGGGAAAGUUCUGGAGAAAUAAAAAUCGAUAUACAAGAAGAUAACGAGAAUUCAGAUGAUGAAGAAACAACUGAGCAACCGCGAAGAUCAGGAAGAAAAAAUAAAGGAAUACCUCCUGACAGAUUUGCUUACACUACAAAUAUACAAAAAAUAACAGAACCGAAAAACUGGAAAGAGUUAGAAGAUAUUAAAAACCCAUAUGAAAAGGCAAAAUGGCUUGAAGCUAUAGAAGAUGAAAUAAAAUCCAUUAACAAAAAUAACACUUGGGAAUUAGUUAAUCCUCCCCAAGGGAAGAAAAUAAUUGGAUGCAAGCAUCCUCUUCAAAACAAUUGGAGUGUAGAUGUGAAGCCAAAUGCAUUGGGAAAUGUUUUUAUAUGGAACAUACAGAAUGAAGAGAAAGUGACAGCUGUGCCCGAAAUUUGCCUAUCCAACCAAGUUUCUCCUGGUCAGUAUAAGUUGCAGCUGAAAGUUGUAAAUGGUUUGGGAUAUCUGCAAGAGUCAAUGAUAUUUGAAGCUGCAGUUGCUUUGCUUCUCCUGAAUUACACCAUCACUGAUUUCUUUGUCAAUGAAUAUGGCGUCAUUACUUUGCAUAUCAACCAGAUUAUGCCAGUACCUGAUGUCUUCAUUGACUUUGGAGACAAUAUUACUUGCCAUUUGGAUCUUGAAGAAUGCAAUUUUGAGUAUGAGGCAGUGGAAGGUGCCCUGGUGGUGAAUAUUGCUUAUAUGUACACUUCUUCAGGAGUGUACGAUGUUUAUUUUAAUGCGUCAAGUUUUUACGGAGCUUUUGAACAAUCUGAUACAGUCAUAGUGGAAGAACAUAUUAGUGAUGUGGAUUUAAUUCUUCUUUCUCCUACUCUUGUUUCACUCUUUGAGAAAGUUAUUGUAAUGUGCACUGUCAAAAACGGAACAAAUUUGAAUUUUGAAUGGGAUUUUGGAGAAUACAUGGAUGACCAAUACACUAUAGUGCAUAGUUUUGCCAAGAACAGUACAGCAUAUCAUAGUUAUGGCAUAGCUGAUGUGUACAAUAUAUCGGUUACAGUUUACAACAAUUAUGAAGAAAUUACAAUCUUUCUCAAUCAAUCUAUCCAAGCAGUAGAGGAAAUCAAGGAUUUGCAUCUUCAGCCACUGUCUGGGUUCUAUGCCGUACCUCUGCAUGCCUCAAGAUCGGAUAGCGAAGUUGAUAGUGGCCAUGACUAUGCUACUGAUCCUGUCAAGUUUAAGGCUUCUGUUUGGCGAGGGUCUGAUGUCCAGUUUCUGUUCGAUUUUGGUGAUGGUACAACAGAAUUGGUGCCUUCUCAACCUCCACUGUGGGAUUUCUCCUAUGCAGUUGUGAAGCACACUUACUUUUCCGAUGGGGUGUAUGAAGUGUAUGUGACAGCUACAAACUUGUUAGAUUCAGUGAAGACAAAACUUGAUCUUCCCUUUUACGUGCAAUUUGCUCCUGAAGGACUUAAAUUGAAUAAAUUAUACUACAUUGUUGAAUAUGGAAGUAAUUUGACUUUGCAAGCAUCUUUAACUCGUGGAACUAAUGUUUCAUUUAAUUGGCAUAUUGGGGAUGAAUAUUUCACUAAUAUUGGUGACACAUUAUUUCUGCAAGAUAUUAAUCCUGGUAUUUAUGAGGUCAUUGUUGAAGCAUACAAUGAAGUUACUGAUUUCUCUUCUAAAUACUUAAAUAGACCUUCAUUUUCUUCAAAAAUCUAUGUUCAAGAAAGACUUCAAGCCAUUGAGGUUUGCCUUAUUGUUAACGAGACUGAAAUGUGUGGAAGCACAACGCUUGAACUGGCUUCAGAUGAAACAGUUGUGUUUAAAGCCAAGACGACACCUUCAACUGAAAGUUAUCUUCGAUUCAUUUGGCAGUUAGGAAUAGGAGAACUGAAGAGAACCAAUAGUCCUUAUUUAAAGCAUCAAUAUCAACAUGCUGGAUGGUAUCGAGUCAAUGUUACUGCUCAAAACCAUAUCAGUAGCGUUUCAUCUCUUGUGCUUCACCUACAUCUUGUUCAGAAAAUAGCAAACCUCACAUCCAUUCAUUCUCAAGGACCAAAUCUUGUAAAUUAUCAGUUAUUUUACAGUGUUUUCUAUUGGUUUGGAACAAAUUUAACUUUCCAAUGGGACUUUGGUGAUGGUUCUUUGCCUGUAACUACUAACACCUCUUCUGUUUCUCACACAUAUAAAAAGUUAAACAUCUAUUGUUCUGACUGUCAUAAGUUUGGUGUAAAUCAGGAUAAUGCAGUUAGAUUCAAAGCAUCUUGCAGUAACUGUGAGGAAUCCACUACAAAAUACAGCUGGAAAAUCUGGGUGAUAGAAGACUCUGCAUAUCGAUUGCAUUUUAGCAACUAUGAGUGUGUGCAAGCAGAUGGAUCUACUUUCUUUAUAAUGGCUCCGAAUUCAACUUCUGAUACUUCCCCAACAAAUGUUUCUUUUGUUCAAAAUGAUGAAGAAUCAUUUACCUUAGACCACAUUUCCAAAGACAGGAAUGCAAGUGAAGAAUUUCCUCCAUUUCCUAGCUUGCCAGAAUUCCCUGAAGAUCCUAAAAUGUUCCAAGUUGAUCCUGAGUUUUUGCCAAACCCUGUUCCUGAUUUGUUAAACCCAGAUUAUCUCAUAACUGAAGAGGGUUUACCUGGUGAAGGUGGAAGUGCAGCUGCUCGCCAUCAAAGUAGUCAUCGCUUUGGUCUUGAUGAAAAUACAAUAUUUGAAGGUGCUGGAAUGCCUCGUACAAAAUCGUCAGAUGAUUAUAAUGCCCUAGAAAAUGAUCUGUUUUCCUUUGGAGAUCCAGUGCGAGACAACACUGUGGAUCUGAAGUUACCUCCGCCUCACCUUGUUAAUAGGCCUAAAACUUUGUUGUCUCUGAAUAUGGCAGAUACUACUACUGGUUUUAACUCUGAUACUUUAAUUCUGAAACCUGGUAUUUUAAAAGUUGGCCAUUCAUACUUGGCUCAAGUUAAUGCUAUCAAUAAAGAUAAUAAUCAAGAAGGGUUUGCUGUGGAGUACUUUAAAGUUCAUGUUGGACCCAUUAAUGGACGAUGUACCUUGAUGCCUUUGAGUGGAUACAGCCUCAACUUUGAUUUUCGAUUGCAUUGCUUGGAAUGGAAAACAGACCACUCUCCUCUUUAUUAUGAAAUAAGAUAUUCUUUUAAAGAAGAGGAAGCUGGACAUCUAAUUUACUUUGGAUUAAACGAAAAUAUUAGAUUCACUCUUCCUGCGGGACAUGAACAUAACUCUUAUCAUGUAUUUUUAAAUGUACUGGUACGUGAUAAUGUUGGUGCACCAACAAAAGUUUGCUCCUUAGAUAGAGAAGUUAAACCCUUGCCUUUAAAUACAAGUAUGGUGCAAUAUGUAUAUAAUGAAACCUUUCAUCCAAGAUCUAUCUUAAAGAAACUUUUAGGAGAGAAGCAUAAUCAGGCUGCUUUACAUCAGAUUCACGUCCUUGUUUCAUCUUUAAAUAAUGCUAAUGAACAUGGUGAAUUAGCUUUAAAUUCUAAAGACCAAAAGUUACAGAAAAAAAUAAUUCACAGUCUACUUGACUGCAUGAAUGAUUUGAAAAUUGCCACAAAGGUUGAAGCAACUCAAAUGCUUUCCGUGUUAAGUGAAAUUAUAUCUAGCAAACAGGCUAUAAACCUGUUUGAGAUUCAGAAAGCAUACAAUAUUUUUGACAAACUUAAAAAGCAAAGGGAAGCACUUUAUAAUUUUUUUGCAACAGAGUUAUUCAAGCAUGGCUUCCUGACAUUUUUAUCUAAAUUAGCCUUUGCAGCAAACUCAAAACUUGUAAAGAAUGCAGAAUUAAUUAAUAUAGCAAGGGAGCAUAUGUUGGAAGAAAUCAUAGCUAUAAUGAGAAAUAGAUUAAAAACGGAGGAACCUGUAUCUAUCAGAACUCCUCACUCAUAUAUCAGUGCUGUGUACAUUAGUGAAGAAAAUAAAUUGCUGCCAAACUGCUCAGUACCCGAAAUUACUGCUUAUUCAAUUCCUCUGCGAUGGGAUCUGCUGUUAGUACCCAACAUUGAAUUGCUUGAAACAGAAUUUAAUCCUUUUCCUGCUAUUGUUUUUGUCACAUUGUUCAUCAUAUACUGUUUAUGCAUUUUCCUCAACUUCCAAAGAAAGAGAAAUGUCAGAUUACCUUGUGUUCCUGUUUCACUAAAGGAUAAUUGUACUGACCAUAAGCAACUGUACUUGAUAUAUGUAUCCACUGGAAUGUUUUCUUCAUCUGGUACUACAGCUUCUGUAUUCAUAGUCCUUCAUGGGGCGAAGGGUGUGACAGAAACAAGGCAGUUGAUUGGUUCUGAUUAUGAAUGUAUAUCAUUUCAAAAAGGAUCGGUGGACACUUUUUUAUUGAGUACUCAAGAUAAUCUGGGACCAUUAAUGAAGAUUGAGGUGUGGCAUAACAAUUAUGGACCUUCUCCAUCUUGGUACUUGAAUAACAUUGUUAUAAAAGAUGUGAAAACAGAGGAGUAUUAUCAUUUCAACUGUUACAACUGGCUUGCUGUUGAAAAAGAUGAUGGAAAAAUUGAAAGAGAAUUGCCAAUCAUGGAAAAUUCGCUUACAUUCAAACAGAUUUUGUACAGAAAUAUUGUUACCUUUAUUUAUGACUUCAAUAUGUGGAAUGUUUUGUAUUUUGAAUCUCCAACAUCUUAUUUCACUUCUUGCCAGAGGCUUACUUGCUGUUUGUGUUCCUGUGUAAACAUAGCUCUUUUAUUGUGCAUUUUUCAAAGAGACAUACUUACAGAGCUUGACAAAUAUGACAUUUUACACAUGACCUGGGAAACUCUUAUACUUUGUUUUUAUGUAUCGGCCGCUGCUGCUGUGCCACAACUGAUUUACACUACCCUGUUUCGAUUUUCCAUGCCACCACCAGUGACUUUAGAUCCAGAAUUUAGCAACAUAUUUCACUCUUUGUCAUUGGAUAGUUUCAACUGCUGGCUGAAGAAUAAAUUGUCCAACUCAAGUUCCACUACUGAUAGGUCAUCAAUGGAGGACUCAAACAGUUUAUAUAGCUCAGAGCGUAGUAGCAGUUUGUCUGUACCUGAUGUUUUAGACGAAAGUUUCUCUUCAAUUGAGAAAGAUGCAUUGGAAUUUUCUGUUGCUUUCUCGGAUGUCAGCGAGUCUGUUUCACCUUUGCAAAAUAUAAGUUCUACAUGGCAAGUAUGUGAAAGUUGGCUGAGAAAAAAACAUAAUGUGAUAAGCAAUUAUGACCUAACUCCAUCAGAUGGACAGCUGUCUGGUACAGAUAAACAAAAUGAUGAUAUUUUACUUGAUGAAUUCUCAAUUGGAGACCCAGAUAACCAAAUGGAGGCAGUAGUUGAAAAUAUUGAUGAAGUUAGUGCAGCAAGCAACUCUAAUUUAACCACAGGUACUCAAGAGAAAAAUAGUUUGCUUUGUGAUUCUGUCCCACAAGAUGAGUACUUAAAUGCACAGUUCCUAUUUCCCACUUUACCUUCAUUCUUCUACUAUGCUGCUUGGUGGAUACUUGUUGGUAACACUCUAGCUUCUGCAUUUGUUACCCUUCAAUAUUCCUCAAGAUUUUCAACAUCGUUUUGCAUUUAUUGGCUUCAGUGUGUCUUCAUUGCUGUGCUUUGCUCUUGUUUGAUGAUAACACCAAUUUUGAUUUUUUUGAUGGUGUUCAUAUAUUCCAUAAAAUGCCAUUAUCUAUCCAAAGUACAAGUACCUCGUUCUUCUGAAGAUUCCAGUAGCAAUAAAGCGCAAAGUUGGUAUUUUGGAAGUCAACCAAGUUUUGCUAGAAUGGAGUAUUUCAAGAAAUACUUGAGACCACCAAGGGAGCAAAUUUUGGAACAGUUUAGGAGAUAUUGCAUUAAAGAAAAAAUAAUGUUUUCUUUCUACAGCGAAACUUCACAGUUUUUGUUCAUUUUUGUCCUACUGCUGUUCCUGAUGUUGCCUGAAGAUACAAAUGAGCGGUAUCAACAUCGAAGAGCAAUUCAAAAUGCAUUUUCAAAGCCAAAGAAUUUCUUUUGGAAACAUGCACAUCAUUCCAAAGAAGCAGUUUGGAACUGGCUUGAAAAAGACUUUUUGAAUGGCUUUUAUGGAUCUACAGAUUCCUUUUAUGAUGAUCAAGAGUAUGGUAUAGAAUUUUCGACAAGCUCAAGACUAGUUGGAACUAGCAUCUUAAAAUAUUACAACAGUUCUUCUAGUUGUGGUGCUCUGUGUUCUAGUGUCUUUGGUGAUGGUCAACAUGUUCGCAAUGAUAGCCAUAGACACAAUUUUCAUGAAGAAAAGUUGCUGGAUGGCAGUUAUGGCCAAUACUUCAUUUCAAGGUCAUCCAACUUGAGUAGUGUUAAAUUUGAUGGCAUGGAUCAAAUUCAAAAUCUCGUAAAUUGGUUAAACCUACCAUCUGUGGCAGCUUCCAUAGAGUUCAUGCUUUUUAAUCCAGUUUUUUCGUUACUUACGUCUGUUUCAUUUUUGUUAGAAGCAUCCCCGCAAGGAACGAUCACAAUGCAUCUCGAUACACCAUCAGUAAAAUUAAGUGACAUUACAAACACUUCGUACCAUUUAAAAUUUAUAGUUCUUCUAAUUUAUUUUUAUGUGACUGCAUUUAAGUGCAAAAAUCAUUUGUGGAAAAUUCUUAAAAACAAGUCAGAGUACCAAAAGGACAAGUGGAAUUUUCAUGAAUGCACAUUUUUGGGUACUUCAAUUCUGUAUAUCGUUUUCUAUGUUUGUUACUUACUUGAAUUUAAUCACACUGUUAAUAAGCUCAAAGUAACGCAACUCGAGUUGAACAUUGACAUCGAAAGAAUCAUUUACUUUGAAACGGCGAUCAGAUCAUUUAAUGCCAUUCUGGUAUUUUUACAUUUAAUUCGCUCGUUUAAGAUCUUGUGCUUUAGUUCAAGGUUGCAAAGAAUACUGAAGAAAUUGAGCUGUUCUUGGAGGGAAAUUUGUACGCUAUUUUUCGUAUUGUUAGUGCUUACUUUCAUUUUAAAUAUAGUUGCUAAACAAUGUGCAUUCAUGGACACUAUUUCUCCUCACCCUUUGCUCAUUUGCCUCAAGAGCAUUGAUUCGCUGUUUCCGGAUCACAGCAGGAGUGAAAUUUUGCAUUCUGAAAGCAUCAUUCGUAGAAGUUUAUAUUUCUUCAUAUCGUUAUUUAUACUCAUCAUCCAUGUUUAUUUGUUUUCAUUCAUAAGAUCUGUUUUGAUUACGUACCGUGGCGCAAAGAUGCAAAGCUAUGAAAAAAUCCGCAUUAAAGACAGUGUGCAGAUGAUCAAGAGAAGAUGUCUCCAGCAUUUUCAACCGCAUACUCCUCAAAUUGUGGAUGAGGCUGAUUUCGAACUUCCUGUAGACUUUUUGUUAAUGAAAUUGGAAAGGAUUGCUGACAUAUUGGUUGCAAAAGCUGAUGUUCUCUUUCCUAAUCAAGAUGAAAGCUACAAGAACGAGAUUUGUGACACUUUUAUUACCGAAAUUUUGGAAGAUUUCACAAUGCCUUGUGUGCAAGAGACGGAAAUGCCUCUAAAAUCUGAAACUGAUGAAAAGAAAGAUCUAGAUAUUAUUUUUCAAGACUGUGGUGCUUUAAAUAUUGAAAAAGUGCAAUGUAGAUUAAUAGCUACAAUGCCUAGGCAAAGUAAACCGAAACCACGAGCAUAUUUGCCUACAAGUUUUCACUCUUCACUCAAUUCUGAAAGACGAUUUAAAAAUAAUUCGGGAACGAUUGAUGUUUCUGUUUUCUCACAACAUAAAAUCAGAAAAACCUAUCCACUUUUUCAUAUUGAUUCAGAUUCAUCAUCUCAAACUUCUUCAGACCAGAAGAAAAACUCUUUUAAUAAUUGCUCAAUCAGAAAAACAAAAUCACGAGGUAAAGGAAAAAGUGAUGUAUUGGAUGUUUUUUGUGAUAGCACAUAAGAUGUGCCAGUUGUUUUUAACUUUAUUUUUAUGUCAUUAAAUUGAUU